GAUGCCUCUUGUUUUGCAGUUUUUUUACUCCUCGCAAUCGCAUUACACAUAUAAUAGUACAUACAUAUAAUAGAAGAUAAUCUACAUGGUAGUUUAGACCUCCACCGCAACGACCAACGACGACGAGAAAAAUGAAGGUGAAGCCUAAGAUGGCCACUAAAGUCCUCCAUUCGAGGACCGGAGCGAAUGUUGUGGUGAAUAGAGCAGGAGGGGCUACCGCCACUCGUCCUGCACAAACAAUGGGCAUUUGGUCUGAUGAAGAAGAGGAGGAAGAAGAGAGCGAUGAAGAUGACAUGAUGGGCGUAAAGGACCUGGAAGCUGACGACCUUGGGCUUCCCAAACCGACUUCACUUGGUUUUAGUGACGUCGCAGGAACCCCAUCAACAGCCAGAGGCAGUCCAAAGGCCUUCACUUCUAGGAAAAGUAGUGAAGUAGAUACUUCAGGCUCUAGUGAAGAAGAAGAGGAAGAUGAACAUGAUGCUGGUGAAGGCAAAGGUUGCACUGGGACAACUGGCACAGUAGAGCAGUCGUCCGAAGACGUGAACAUGGAGGAUGCUGAGCCCAAAGACGAUGCGGGAACCGAUGGAGCUGCAUCAAACGGAGAUGCGCGGCGGAGUCAAGGACAAGCAGCUAUUGCAGAUGUUGCCGGACCUUCUGGAGCCUCUUCUGCAAACCUUGCCGCAGAUGACGACCCCAUCGUCGCACGUGUCCCAGUAAAGAUUUCUCAUUUUGCCGACGCUCAGGGAUUCUACGCGGAUUUUUACUGCGUCAAAUACCCGACUCGUCCUUUGUAUCGCCCUUAUGGCGAAAGAGAACAAUUAGUGUCCGUAGAUAUGCAGAAACACAAAAAGUGCGCCAGAUUCUCGUACUCUCUUGGUAAUAGUACUGGUGCAGAAGGUGGAAAUCAACUAGACCACUUUGGACGAGGCGCUUCUUCUUCUUCAGCUUCAGAACAUCGGAACUCGGAUUCCAAAUACUCCAAGUUGCAGAGUCUGAAACUUCUAGGGAACAGAGUCGAGCCCCACAGCGGUAGUACGCUGUUUGCAGGUGCGAUCCGGAACGGUGUGUUUCAUCUAACACCUUGUACUGGUGGCGUUCUGCAGAUGAGGCCAGACUUGUCACAUGUGAAUACGGGAGUGAUCUCUCUCGAAGAAAAACUAGGUGCAAUGGAGUUGUCCAUGGAAGACAAGUCGCUUUUGGGUGCUCCUAGUGGUAAGAAAGGUGCUGGAGUGAGCAGCGGCACAUCUUGUUCUGCUUCAUCCUCUAUGAUGAACAGCUCAUCUGGUGCGAAAUCUUCAGCCGCGGCAGCCGGCUCCAGUCUCCCAGGAAGUAGCUCUGGUGGUAGUCGCGCAGUCGGUAGUGGUGGAGGCACCAGUGGAGAUGCUAAGACCGAUCCCUGGGUAGCUCAGAGUCUGUUUGUCCAUGGCUCAGAAGAGGCUU